CUCUAAUUGUUCUGCCGGCUCAUUCGGGGCUGAGGGUCACGAUUCCGGAUUGAUCGUGCUCCAACCAUGGCGCUCCGCAGCUUACUCUCUAAACUCUAUCGACCGUGUCCGUUGAUAGUGGUGAUGGUUCUCAUUAUCAUCGUCGUUCUUUUGACAAGGCCUGACAAGGUGUCUGUGACCCCGGGACUGGACCCAUUCUGGCGGGCCGAGCAUUACGCACAACUUUCGAUUGGAAGUGCAUUCGAUGACCUGAGCAUUGAGCGGAAAUCGUUCACCUAUCACCUGAAUAAAGCUGCGUGGUACGGUUCCUUCAUAUCGGCGGCGCAAACUUCGCCAGAGUCCCCGGCUCUGAUGCUCAUCGUUCUCGAGGCUCUCCAGAAGGGCUUCGCUGCUAGCUUGAAGAAUGCCGGAUUUUCCGAAGACGAGCAGGAGAGAUUCCGACGAUUCUCUUGCGGCGUUCUCGUCAAUCAGGGGAACUACAGGUGACGUUGACACGCACGAAAACUUGAGUGAUU